ACAACACGGGAGGGAGCGACCUCUGACUUCUUCUCUAUUUUUACCUUUUUUCAGUUUUCGAUUCUUUCAUCUCCCUAUCUCUCUCGCUCUGUGAGUCGGUUCGGGUGCCAGAAUCCAGAUCCAAUGGCUGACAACAACAACAAUAAUGUGAAUUACGAGGAAUCGAGCCCGCUCUUGAGCAAGCAAGUCGUCGAAGGAGUAGAAGAUGAUGUGAAGAAAGCCAGCAAGCCAAUUGAUGCUAAGGACGAAAAGGUCACAGUCUCGCCCGCGGCGAAAGCUCCUGCUCCGGUACCCGGAAAUCUCGGUGGGUACGGCUGGACCGCGAACGGGUUGCCGUUGGGACACGGGAGCGUGGUGGGCGAGCCCAUGGGCCGGACCCAGUGGAACUCGAGCAUCUUUGCUUGUCUAGGUCGCAACGACGAGUUCUGUAGCAGUGAUCUUGAAGUUUGUCUUCUUGGAAGUGUGGCUCCUUGUGUGCUGUAUGGAGGCAAUGUGGAGAGACUUGGAUCUAGUCCUGGGACUUUUGGAAGUCGUUGCUUGAGUUACUCUGGCCUAUAUUUGAUUGGAAAUUCCAUUUUUGGUGGAAACUUCCUCGCACCAUGGUUUUCAUACACAAGCCGUACUGCCAUUCGUCGGAUGUUCAACUUAGAGGGCAGUUGUGAGGCACUUCACAGGUCAUGUGGGUGCUGUGGAAGCUUACUGGAGGACGAGGUGCAGCGUGAACAGUGUGAAUCUGCAUGUGACUUUGCAACUCAUGUCUUCUGCCAUGUGUGUGCUCUUUGUCAGGAAGGUCGCGAGCUCCGUCGCAGACUGCCUCAUCCAGGGUUCAAUGCUCGGCCAUUCUUGGUUAUGAUUCCUCCAGGGGAGCAGACCAUGGGUCGUGCGGCCUGAGAUCUACCUGCCCUACGAUGAAAGAGUUGUACUGUCUAUAUAAUAUCAAUAUGAUAUGAUGUUGAACCGUGUAAAGUGUAUUCUGUAUUUGAAUUGUUUGAGCUUGCGUUUGAAGACAAACACCUAUAAAUAAAGAUACAAUGAAAAUGUAGGCUUCACCUAUAUUGUUUAUAA